AGUUCCUUCGUUGUUGCUUUGUUUUGUUUGUUUGUUUGAUUCUUCGAAACGAUGUUGCGCCGAGUCGCCUUUGCCGAUCUGCCACGCGCGCCCCGGUCGGUGCGCGUCCUCCACCACACCAGCGGCGGGGUCGUCAUCGCCGCCGUGGCGUACGACCCGACACCGACGCUGACCCCCACCUCCCCCUCUCCCCCUCCGCCUCCGGGACCGCUCUUUUUCAGCGUAGUGGAGAUGCCAGCGCCGAAUGAGCGCGGGUUGCCGCUGCGUGUCGUGCACGUGCGGGUGCCGCAGCCGUCGACGGCGGUCAACUCUCUCACUCUGCUGCGCAGCGCGGAUGGCGAGGACGUGUACUUGGUGGUGCAGGCGGUGGAAGCGGUGCCCACGCCUCCUCAGACGCAGUUCGGGGUAUCGCCGAAAUCUGUCACCACGUACGUGUACCGUCGGCAGGUGGUGAAGGUGGAAGCCGCAGGCGCGGAUGCAGAUCGUGACGGCGACGCGGAGGGUGAGUGGUCACAGGCGGAGAACGGCAACGUUGAGGGGGCCGAUCUUGUUUCGUCGCCUGUCUCCGCCGGGGCAGCAGGAAGCGGGCAAGGCAACGGCACGGCCCACACAGCCGGUGUGCGGAUACGCUAUCAGCGACUUCCGCGCACGGUGGCAGACGCCGACGGUCCGCUAUGGACGGCCGCGACGGCCUUCAGCGCAGCGGAGACGCCCAUUUUCGGUGCCUCGGCACAAGCAGCCGCACCAGCGGCGGGGACAGGAAGUGUGGCGCUGGUGACGGCGAGUGCUGCGGUGGCGGCUUCGUCGUCCGCGAACCAGCUGCAGCUGUGGUGCCUCACCGGCACCCGCCUGGCGCUGGCGGCGACGUACCAAAUCCCUGCUCUCUCUGGGUUUCCCAUUUCACAGAUUCUCACCGUGCCGGGUACACAGGACGCUGUCUUGCUGCGAUGUCACAACAGUGUAGUGGAGGUGGAUGUUGCGGCGCUGCGCAGCGGCUGUGCGCACUACCCACACAUCGUCACUACGAAUGCGUUAUUGACGCGUGCCUGGCGAUUGUCGCCGCACGAUCGGCUGACUUCCUGCGACACGAAGGACGCGCUGCUGUACGCCGGCACUGAGGCGGGCGACGUCGUCGCAUGGGACCUUCGCACGCCAACCUCCUCCGCAGCCAACGCGCAGCCGCUGACAAGCCGGUCGAUCGGAGUGCCCAUCACCGGCCUGUACGCGCCGUACGCCACAGGCUUCAUCACGUGCGACGCGAGCGGCGGCGUGCGGGACUGGGUGGAGCGGGGCGACAUGGCAGAGGAGGAUAUGCACGAAGGCACAAACGACGGUGCGGCGGCCUCGUCGCAGUUCCCGUACUGCUCGCGGGUGCCGGUGGAGUCGCCGAACGGGUUGGAGGGCUGCGUGGCGAUGGAAGGGCACGACAACUUCGCGGCGGUGGUGACCGAAGGGGGUCGCCUGAGCCUCUAUUUUUGUAGUUGA